AUGAUUAAGCAGUCUAAAAGAAGGAAUAAAUUCUUAACCGACCUGACUAAACUAAGGCUUGAAUUAUUUUAUUUCGAUGAGAAGGUGUAGAUAGCUACCUUCUCACUCCCCUAUCUUGAAAGUCAUCAAGGUUCUGGUCCAAAUUUCCCAGAAUAUAUGAGUUAUUUUGAUUUCGGAAAACCUUAAGAAUAGAUCAUACAGGAGUCCACUUAUUACCGAGGAAGACUUGCCUCGUCAAAUUUCGAUUAGAGUUUGGAGAAUUAUACCAUCAUGAAACGUUAAGCAUCGUUUUUGUUUAGGGAGUACUUAGCACCAGAUUAAAAUGAAAUUGAUCGAGCUUUGCUUUCAGGCAGUGAUUCUUAUCCUAUCAAUGAAUAGCACUGCUAAUAGGCUUCUGAAUUUUAAUAAGUAUAACAAGAUUAAAUAUUUGAAAAUCAAAACCAAGAUGACUCUAAGGAAAUUUAAAAGUAAAUAGAACAUAAAUAUGUAGAGAAAUCUCUAACUCAACAGUUUAGAGUGCAAUCUCUUAUUGACGAGAAUUCUGCCGGGCAAAAAAAGUCUUUUGAUUUGAUUAAUGGUCCACAUUGCAAUUAAUUUGUGGCUAUUUAAUAAAGAGAUGAUUUGAAUACCAUUGAUGAUAUUCCCUCCAACACUUAAAUUGAUAGUUAGCCUUCAGUAUACUCACUGAAGUCAGAUAGUGGAUCAUCACUAGACGCAAAUGUGAAUGGAAGUGAAUUUGACGACCAGAUUUUUUUAGAUCAUUUAAAUGUUCUCACAAGUGAUAGUGGCAGAGUUCUUUUAUCGCAAAAGAAGCUGUUUAAGAACAAAGAGAUCCCUUCAAGAAAAUGUAGCAUAAUUCAGGAGGAUGAUUUCUUGAGAUUACCUACUCUUUGCGAAAUUAAAAGACAGAGUAUGCAUCAGUAAAGAGAUUCUAAAAGUAGAAAUGCUAUAGAUCUUACAGAAACAGGUAAAAAUAGACGUUAUCAGAGACGCGGGACAAAAUAUGAGAGAUCAAGAUUCCGGUAACUAAAGCCAGAUUCUAAUCUCGAAAAAAUCAAGUAAUAAUUGAUGAAUCCAUCAUGGAAGAAUAAAUAAAAUGAAUAAUACUUGCAGAGAAAAGAAUGCUUUAAUAAGCUUAGAAAGAUUGGGACUAAAUUAAGAGGGAAUGUUAACUUGGAUCUCAUUGUGAACAAGCUAAAUAAUUAAUCUAGUGCUGAUAAAAACUAUAAUCAAUAGUAACAGUACGGAGGGUACAUCAACUAAAAUAAUAUUAUUGAGGACAUAACUGAGGUAAAUUCACCAACUGCAUCUGUAACAAUUAACGAUUCAUCAACUAACAACCACAGACUCAACACCAACUAGAAGGAGUAUCCAAGUGAAUCUUUCUUCAGAUUUACAUAAUAGCAGACUGAAAAUCUUGAACCACAAACAGCAAUCCCAAAAAAUAUGGUCUAAAAGAACGAGGGUAGCAUGAAAAUUGAUUUGGAAGAAUAUGUCCGAGAAAAACUCAAAAACAAUUCAAGCCCAACAUCCCCUAAGAUUCAUUUAAAAGAAAGAAUUGAAACUGUAUAUAUUAGAAGUAAAAACUACUAGAUUAAGACUAAGAGAUCUACUUAGAGAAAUAAUAACAACAAUCCAGAAUACUCAAAGUAUAGAUUCUGCCAAGCAUCUGUAGAGGACAGCAAUAUAUCCUCUAAUAAAAAUGAAGCAAGCAAAGAAUAGUCUUUUCUAGAUGAUAGUUAUCUUUAAAAAUCAAUGAUAUCUUCAAACUAAAAUAUCAGCAAUGACUAAUCGAAUCUUUAGUCCAAGCCGGCCAAUCAUAAAUCUUUCCUUAAGGACUUGAAAUAAUAACUGCAGUCAAUUGAAACCUUAAUAGAUACAAAUAUCCCAAUGAAUGAUUCUAAAAGCAAAUCUUUUAUUAACCCAGCAACCUAUUCUAAGAGAAUGAGCUAAUAUCCAUAUUCUCCUAGAAAGCAACUUUCCCCAAUUAAAAAUAAGAUAAAUAAUUAGCCUAAACAUGAUAAGUUCCAAUUAAUCAGACAUAAGUCGACAAUCAAUGACUUAGACUAAGAUCUCAAUGAAAUGCAACUAAAACUAGGAAAAAUUCUGUCAAAAAAAUCUAACAUUUGCAAUCAAUCUGUUAUAAUAAAUGACAAUACUCCAUUAAGGAGAUCGCCAGCUAAAUAAUCAGCAAUAUGA